UGAGUGACUGAAGACGCUGUGAGAAGAGCGGUGACAGAUAUUGGCGAUAACGAACCAAGACAAGAAGGCAGGUGCAAUGUCGACACCGAACAGGGGAGAUGGAAUGGGGAACAAUGCUGGCAAUAGGGGCUGCUUCAAUUGUGGACAAAUUGGCCACUUUGCUAGGGACUGCCCCGCUGGAGGUACCGCGGGCACUCCCCAGCAGCAGCAGCAGCAGCAGCAGCAGGGCUCGUUUACUAAUAACGCUAGGUACUGGAAGAAGAGGCGUGAGCUUUGAAGAUGAUGUGAAAACUAUGAAGGAAUGGAUGCAGAUGAAGCUGAGGAAGGAACAAGAGAAAAUGGAAAAGAAGCGGGAAGAAGAAGAAAAGGUGAGAAGAGAAGAGGAGGAGAGGAGGCUCCGGCAGGAGCAAGAACGCAGGCAGACAGAGCUGAGACGACUCAACGAGGAGACUGAGCUACGGAUCAUCUCUAUCGUAGCAAGGGAAAUGCAUCACUUCAGAGCAGAAAUCCGUAAUGACAUACAGACGACGCUGGCAGCCAGAUCGAGGACCCCCAAAGAAAAGSGGAAAGGAAAGGCGAAGUUAUUGGAUGACCAUGCUGCAGAAUCUGAUGAGCUUCUGAAGUACCUGCAAGGAGAGGUUGUCGAGAGCUCCCGAGAGGGAGAGGAGCGUGGGAGGUGGUUUUUSACCCGAAAGAAUAGAGGGCAGAGAACAGCGAGAAGGAUGGGGUCASCGGAAGAGACAGAUGAUGGGGGAGAGGUGACGCCGAGACCAGAGAAGCAAAGUGCGAGCGCAAAGGGACAAGGAGUGGACAAGAAAGUUCCGRCAACCUGCAGUAGGGAAGAAGUGAUAUAAUAUGUGCUCAACGUCAGGAAGAAAUACUCGGAGAUGACAGCGCAGGAGAUCAAAAAUCUCUGCAUGAAGGAGGGACUGGAAUACGUUAACAAAGAGCAAGGAGUAAG